CAUUCCAAUUAUUAUUUUCAAUCACAAUCACAACAUCAAGGAAGAUUUAUACCAUCACCACCAUUUCCACAAUAUUCUCAAAUACCACAAAGAAAUACUUUUUUUCCAAGUAGUAUAGAUGGUGGUAUAGGAUUACCAGAUCAAAGUUCCUCAUUUCAUCAUAGUAAUAAUUUAGGGCAACAUCAUCAAAAAUCAAUUAUUAAUAAUAAUAACAAUAAUAAUAAUAAUAAUGGUUCACCAGGAACUUUUCAUGAACAAUAUUUAUAUUUAGCUGAUGAUGCAACAACUCCAACUGUACAAAAUGCACCAUUUCAAUUUCAACAAUUUCAGCCAACUCGAAGUCCCGAUUAUUAUGAUUUUCCACAACGUAUUUUUAAUAGUAAUGCACAGUCAGUGGUACCAUUAGGGCAAUCACCAAUACCACCACCACCACCGCCACCAUUAUCAGUUCAACCAACAUUUACAAGAGCACAAGCUAUUCGUCCAAAUGGUAGUACCGGAUUUAUACAACAAAAGCCAAAUAACAAUAUUCAACAGUCAAAUAAUCGUAAUCAAAAUAGUUCGUAUAAACAAAAUCAUCAAUUUAUAUCACAAAUAGAAAAACAAGAACAACAAAAUUAUUUUACACCGUCAAAAAGUGAUGUAAGUGUUGUAGUAAAACCAACAACAUCUCAACCAAAUCAUUCCAAUUUUAAUCAAUUCAAUAAAUUCAACAAUAAUAAUAAUCAAUUGAAAAGCAAACCAUUUAGUUCAAAUCGUUUAAAAUCCACAACAUCAUCAGAAAAUCAAUCACAAUCAGAUUUUUUGGAAGCAAAUCAAAAGCAACAACUUCCUUUUAAAACAAAUAGAAAUCGUUUUCAACCAAAUGCUAAAGUUUCUACAACAUCAUCUACAUUUGUUUCUGAAACGGCAGCACCAAUAGAAAGACAAAGAAAUAAUCGUUUUGGAAAUGGAAAUGUAAGAACAUCUUUUUCAGCUCAGAAACAAACGAAAACUGCCAUAACUUCAAAUCAAUCAGUUUUACAAUCUAAAAAUAAUGCAGGAUUAUCAUUUACACCUCAAAGAUCAAGAUUUGCCCCAUCUAAUUCUCAAAUAACUUCUAAAAAUUCCGGAAAAUUAAAUCAGAAUAUACCAAAACGAACAGUUUUUAUUAGUCGUGAACCAAAUGAACCAGUUCAUUCAAAAACAGAAAAUAAAAUUACUAUCGAUCACAAUGGAAGUGAUAAAAGUUCCACAAUAAAUGAAUUUAAUGUAAAGUUUGGGCAAAAAAUGAAUACAUCACAAAGUUUAACUGAAAGUUUAGAUAAUCAAAACGAUUUUAUAAAACCUCUUGAAACAUUACCAUUAAAAGAAAAUAUUGUUACAACAACUGUUUCAAGCACUACAAGUUCAGUGUCAGCUGAAGAACUGUCGGGUGAUAAAGAUACACCUGUUAUUUUAACUUCUAAUUUUUAUUUACCCGGCAGCCUAAAUGAAAAUAUUCAGUCUCAAUCUGAUGCCAAUGAAUCUGAUACUUAUGAUAAAAAAUUCAAUGAAUACUUUACAACAAGUAAAACUUUAGAAUAUGAUUACGAGUAUGAGGACUAUGAUGAACAAGCUGAAAACGAUGCUCCAGUUGUCAAAAACGAAUUCGAAAUUGAAAAUUUCCAAGAAAAACCCAAAGAUUUAAAUUUAAAUUCAUCUACAGAGCAAAAUAAUUUCAUACACGCUACAACUUUCCGGAGAAAUUUCGAUAAACUAACUGAAAAUCCGUUGCCAUCCAAAGUGUCUCCAACUCCAGAUAUCCUCGAUGAUAUUAAUGACAAAGAAAGUGUAAUUUCAGGAACUGAAACAAUCACCGAAACUCCUUUAAUUUCAGCAAAAGAAUCAACAACAAUAAACUUUCCACAUUCUUUUCAAUCUACUUCAAACGGAACAAAUCAACAAAAUUCAUCAACCUCUAACGAUGAAGAGCUUUUAGAAUAUGAGGAAGAGUAUGAUGAUCUAGAAGGUAGUGGCGAAUAUAGUGAAGAAGAAAACACGCAGCAAAAGCCAAUAAUAACUGAAAGUGAAGAUAAAUUUAUUGGCCAACAAAUAAUUUCAGUAGUUACGACUAAAAGUGUUAUAAACGGAUCAACUUCUAACCCGGACAUAGAAAAAUUUACCUCUUCAAGUGCAAGAUAUGAAAAUGCAACGGAAAAAUUGGAACUUCAAAUUUCAUCAAGUUCCAUCAAACCUAUAAUUUCUUCAGAAAAAACUCAAAUCGAGAGUGAGAGUUCUAAACUAAUGGAACAAAUGAAUAAAACAAAAUCUGAUCAAACAAAAUUUGAUUUAACUACAACGACCACAGAAAGUGAAAAUAAAAGUAAAAAAGAAGAAGUUUUAAAUAAUUCAACUGAGGGAUACGUUGUCAUUGCAUCAAUUCAAACAAGCAGAAGUAUAAAUGGAGCCCGAUUUUUACCUUUUCCAGCCAUUGAACAAGAGGAGAAGAAACAACCAAUCUCAGAACUAGAAAAAAAGAUUCAUGGACCAAAAACGAAAACAACAAAAAAAUCAAUCAUAUCAAAAGACCAAAAUGUUGAAAGCAAUGAAAGAAUAACUACCAAAGACGUUUUACCACAAGAAAUAACAACAACAAUUUCUAACACUGACAAUCCGGCCGAAAUAACAACUUUGCCGUCUUUGGAAAAUUUAUUUUCAAAAACACUUUCAGACAAUCCCAUUGGUCAAAAUUUGACAAAAGAAAAUAAUGAGACUGACAAGCUCCAUCUCACAAAUGUGGAUGAACCUAUUUCAACAACAAGUGUUACAAAAUUCAUUCCAAAUAUUAAAAAAUUUGUCCCAAGAAGUACCACAACAAAACCAAAGUUAAGUAUUGAAGAACUACCUAUUGAGGAAUUCUCAAGUUUGCUCCCAUCGGACUACAAACACCGAACCAAUACUUACACAAAUAGAAGAAAAACAAGCACGACAACAAUGGAACCGGUAGAUACAAGUAAAGAAAAAAGUAACCGGAAUGAUUCUAUAAGUAGAUCAAUCAAAAAUUAUUCAUCUAACCAGGAUCUUAUGUUAAAAGAGCUUCUACCAAAUGGAUACAAGCUUAAUGAGUCAACAACUGAGUCUAGCGCUAUACUGAAAGAUAUUUUAAGUAAGAUAAAAUUCGAAGAAUCGCAGGAAAAACCGGUUGUAAAUGAAAAAAAUCCAAAAGGAGAUAGGAAAAGCACAUCAAAACCUUAUAAAACAACGCAAGAGGAUGUAAGUAAAUAUUUACCAGCCGGAUUUAAUAAAUUCAAACAACCACCUCAACCAACUACCACUAAGAAAACUCCUGUGAUAACACCUGUAAAAGAAAAUGUUAGCAGCAGUUUAUUACCACCAGGUUAUAAAUUAAAAUUAUCUGAUAAAUACUCAACUACAACUAAAAAGACACUAACUGAACAAAGUGAUAAAGAUUUGCACAAAUUUUUACCCCCAGGCUUCAAACCUUUUGAUAAAGAAGAUGAAGUUGAAAUGAUUGAUAUAUCCAAACUUUUUAUGAAUGAGAAGUCUUUAAAAAUGAAGAAUAUUUCCAGCCCCUCUCAUCAUAUAUUUGAAGCUCAAGAUGAGGAUGAUUUACGUAAUUACAAUAAUGAAAAUCAAAAAUUAAAUGAAGGGAAUAAAGUUAUUUUCCCGAAACCAAUCAAUAAAAGACCUCGACCAACAGUAAUUGCCCCUCCAGUUAUUUCAAAUGGACCAUCACCUCCACCAAUAACAAUCAAAAAAGGACCACCGAUAAGAGCGACUACAGAAUUUACAGGUUGGCCGACACCAUCAACGACACCAAUUUCUAUUGAAAAAUUAUUAGAACAAUCAAAAAUUGCAAAAUUCGACAUCUUAGAAUAUUUGCCGUCGUCUACUGUUACAUCAAGUUCAACUACAACAACUUCUACUACAACUACAACAACUACUAUACAGCCACCAAAACCAACUCAACCUGGAUUAUGUCAUCAAGAAUGUGAUCUUGCUGCAACCAUUAAAAUUGUUGAUGGGGUACAAUGGAAACCUGAAUUACUGGAUCAUAACACUUUAGAGUGGAAAAACCUAGCAAGGGAAAUAGAAACACAAUUAAACGAAGUAUACAAAAAUGAUCACAUGCUAAGGAAAUGGUACAAAAAGAUAAGAAUUGAUAGUUUUAAUAAAGGGAGCGUUUUAGUAGACUAUUUUGUGGAAUUGACUAAUAUUACGGAAAACAUUAAUACAUUGGAAUUGAAACGUCUAUUUCAUGAUGCCUUAAUUCAAACACCGCUGACAAUAAUACCAAGUUCAACCGAUAAUGACAACUAUGAGCAAUACCGAGAGGGAAAGGGUGAAAAACUUGUCAAAGAAACUUUUAUGCUUGGAAGAUUUAUCGUUGAUCCUUUGUCUACAGAUUUUAUUGUAAUCGCAAAGAACCAAUUCCCUGACGUUGAAUAUACGGAGCCUAUUGUUCCACAAUGGGCGAUUGUAUUAAUAGUAAUAGGAGUGGGAUCUCUAGCAUUUAUAAUAGUUUUUGGAGUAACAGUUCUUAUUAAUCGUCAUAAGAAUUCUAAAAAGACGCCGACACCAUUAACUGCAGAUAUGUUAAAUGAACUAAAUAAAAAUCAUAUGGGUGGUAUCGAUAAUUAUGGAGCUGAGGAUUUCUAUAAUGUUCAAGAUACGUGGAAUGAAAAUAAACAACCAAUUAAACCAAAACGACUAUCAACUACGGCACAUGGAAAUAAUCAAACAAAUAUUUAUGAUAGUUGGGGAUCUAAUCAUAACCAUGGCGAUUACUUUUAUAAUGAGGAAAAAGAAUAUAAUAUUGAGAAUACUCCAUACCAACAUUCGCAUCCACAUUAUAAAGUAACGAAUCCAUAUUCAACUGAUCCUGUAUGGGAUGCACAUCAAAUGUAUACGUAUAAUACUAGACCUAGAUAUCAUAGAGAUCAUUAUGAUCCAGAUUUUUAGAAUAAAAAUUUAAAUUAUAAUAGAUUUUGGCAUGUAAAAUUUAUGUAAAAAAAAAAAUGAAAGAACUCCUCUGCUCUAGUUUUUAAUGUUAUAUAGGAUAUCUAGUAAAAAUUAUUUAUAAAAUAAUAAUAAUAAAUUUUUGUAAGUCAAUUAUUAUUAUAUUAAUUAACAUAUUAUUACAUUAAAAAAACUUAUACAUAAAUUAAUUUAAUAAAAUAAACACUUUUAGAAACUUUUAUUAAAAAAAAAAAAUUAUUUAAAAAAUUAAGUUUCGUUAUGAAUUCAAUUUUUAUAGGAAAAUGGUUAGAACUAAUACCUAUACUGUUUUUAUUAAAUUAACAAUGAUUAAUAAAUUUAAAAAACAAGAAGCUCAAAAAGAAUUUCUAUAUAAAUAUUUUGCAAAUAAUUUUACUACACUACUUAUUGGAAUCAAAUGUGUAGAUAGUUGUAACAUCAUAAACAAAGAAGUUAUCUAAAAAAUAUUAACUAAGUAAAAAUAUGGAAGAAAUAUCGAAACAUCGCACUUUUGCUUUAUUGUUUUAUUACUCUAGAGUCUAGAUUAACAACUUAUAAUUAAAUUUCAUUGUCUUUUUGUUUUUAAACAAAAAAUAAUAAUAGAAAUACAAUCUAUAAAAUAUUUUUUUUAAAUACUUUUGAAAUUAUGAUCGGUACAGCCAAUUACGAAAAAUAUUAACCACAAUUUCUUACAGUGCAAUUUUCUAAAGACUUCAAAAAUUAAUAGUUCUAUGCACUUAACCAUUUAGUUUAAUUUGUUGUCAGAAUAUAAUUAAGAUGUAUAAGUAAGAAAAUGUGUAAUAUUUAUGUUUAAUAUUAAAAUAAUUUAAAAAUUCGUUAUUAAUUAAUUAAUGAACUUUCCA